AAGAAGAGGGGAUACAAAAGUGGAGGGGACAAUUUGAGUGACAAAUGAAAGAAGAGGAAAAAGAAAAAACCCCAUAGCCCUAUAAACCAGCCGUCCCCAUCAUCUGAAUUUCACAGUCUCCACGUUGGGAUUUCUUCUCCUAGACACUAGAGAGAGAGAGUAGUGUUUUUUGUUCUAUUUCUUGCUUGUAUUUUCUGCCCGUUUCCUCUCUCAGAUCAGGUUGGUUACUGGUGCAGUAGUUUCUAACAGUGAUUACUCCCUUUUGCUUUUCUGUACGCAUACAGGUAGCCUUUUCCUCAGUGGCCGUGUUCGUGAAACGAGGCCGAGAGAGGUUAAAUUUUCCCAUUCUCUGGGCUCUUGUUAAGUUCCUUUCUCUCUGUUUUGAGAAAAAAGCCCUGCCUCCAGUCUUUUUGCCCCUCCUCUUUUCUAUCUCUAUCUCUAUCAUUUAAAACAGCGUAAGUCCAUAGAUUUGAUUUUCAAAAGCUACUCUCAUCUCUCUGCAUACUUUUUCCCCUCUCUCAUAGUCCUUUUCUACUUUCUUUGUUCUGUUUUUUCUUUGUUCUUUUUGGAUUUAUAAACCCUUUCUGCUCAUUCCCAUUUCUACCCAACACUCCAGCUCCAUAGAAAUCAUUUCAUCUCUCUCUCUCUCUCUCUCUCUCUCUCUCUCUGUAUUCACAAAUGGGUUGGGCUCAAAAUUGUGGAUGCUGCCACAGAAAUCAAAAGCUGAUCUUUCCGUUGAUCUCUCUGUUGAUCUUAUCGAGCUUGACUAACGCCGGAUACAUGGUUGAAGGUAGAACAAUUUCCAAGCUUUUUCACUCUGCUUCUCAAGUAGACCAUGCUCCGAAGGGAAUUAGGGAAGAGAAGGUGGUUGUGCCGGUGGCCGGAGUGGGCAGAAGAAGGGCGUUGAUAGGGUCGAGGCCGCCGAGAUGUGAUAGAAAGUGCAGUUCUUGUGGGCACUGUGAAGCAAUCCAAGUUCCAAUUGUACCCCUGCUCAGAAACCAUAACAACAUGCAUGCCACUCCGAUUAGAAGCUCAAUUGCGUCUUCGAGAGGCGAUUAUAUCUCCAACUACAAGCCCAUUUGCUGGAAGUGCAAAUGCGGGGACUUCAUUUUCGAUCCCUGAUCAUUGUAAUUAAUUUUUUUGCCUUUCUUUUCCUACUUUUUUUGUCAAAAAAAAAAAAAAAAAAAGGAAAGGAAAGAGAUGUAACUGGUUUUCUUGCAUGUUUGUGCGUAGAGUGGUCAAUUAAUAUCUCAUGUAUGAUUUUUGCCAAAA